AUGGGGAAUUGCAUGUUCCAUGGCAUCUUGAACAGCCACAUUGAGGCCAGUGACAGCAGAAUCCACAGAGGUGGUACCAUACACACAGGAGCAGUCGGACCAUCUCUGUCCCCAUUAUCAGGGUUUGAUAUGUCUGUCCUUGUAAAGGUGGUGAUUGGGACAGAGAUGGUCCCUGCAACAUUGGCAUGUGAGGUGCCUGCAAGUCAGAAUGAGCACAGCCAUUAUGUAUGCACUGACAAUGGAGAAGUGAAGUGUCUCCGAGGGUGGACAGGAGAUGUGUGUGAUGUUCCCAUUUGCAGAAAGGGGUGCGACCCUCUGCAAGGCUACUGCAAACGGCCGGGCGAGUGUCUCUGUAAACUUGGUUUCUACGGUGAACUGUGCAACAAAUGCAUCUCGCUGCCAGGAUGCCAACAUGGCUACUGCAACACAAGUUUUGAGUGCAACUGUCAUAAGGGCUGGGAUGGUCUGUUUUGUAGGGAUGCCAUCUGUAAAGAAGACUGUCAUCAUACAAGAGGUUACUGUGAAUGGCCAGGAGAAUGCAGGUGUCGUCUAGGCUGGGCUGGAGAGACAUGCACAGACUGUCAAGUGCUGCCAGGAUGUCAACACGGAUUCUGUACCAAGCCCCUUGAGUGCCGCUGCCAUGAAGGAUACACAGGGCUGCUCUGUCAGACUCCCAUAUGUGCUGAGAACUGUCACAAAGAGAGAGGCUACUGCAGAAAGCCAGGAGAAUGCAGGUGCAAGGUGGGCUGGACAGGCAAGAACUGUGACCAGUGCUUUGCUUACCCUGGGUGUGUUCAUGGUUCAUGCCAUCGCCCAUGGGAAUGUAACUGUGAGCCUGGAUGGGGCGGUAUGUUGUGUGACCAAGAGCUGAAAUACUGUGACAAGAAUGAAGAUGUGUGUGAAAAUGGGGCAACCUGUGUGAGUCUGACAGAAGAAGAUGGAAAUUACCGAUGCCUCUGUGCUGAAGGAUUUACUGGCCGAAACUGUGAGGUGGCUACACAAGUUGAGCAAGCAGUCGUCUCACCCACAGCUCCCCCUACUACUUCUGAAACCACUUCCACCAUAACCAGUACAUCUUCCCCUUCUAUUUCUGAAGUUAGAAGUGAAAUAUUAGCCAACGUGGCACAUAAUGAAGCUAUAUAAACUAACUUAAGCAAGUACUCUAUAGUCAAGUAAGGCCUGACACAUGAGAUUGAUAGGAUUGAAA